ACAUUGUUAUAAUUGGAAGCCAAAUAAAAUAAUAAUAAUAAAAAACCAAACUUUAUUUUUUAUUAUUUUGAGGUUUUACUUUUAAUGUUAUUUCCUAGUCUGGGAUUUUUCAUAUCUCCUUAAACAGAAACCAAACCAAGCCACAUCCAUUUCCAUUUCCAUUUCCAUUUGCUUAGCUGUACCUGAAUCAUGUUUUCUCUCUUCUCUCUCUCUCACGUCACAUUCCUCAUUUCCUCUAUUUUCUAUAUAACUGAUUAGCUAAAACGACCACUGCUGUCUCGUCCUUCUCUUCAAUCCCUACCAAUGUCCAGGAAAAAAUUAAGAAAGCCAAUAUGGAGGGAGGGCCACAGGAGGAGCCCGCGGAUAUCAGCGUCCAAGGCCCAGAAUGUGAAUGUAAAUGUGAAUGAGACUCACCCUAAUUUUGGGGUCUCACACUCUCACUCCAAAAGCUCAAAACUUAGUGGAAGUGAUGCUCAGGCUCAGGCUCAGGCUCAGGCUCAAACUCCGACUCAGGGACCAGCGACAAGGACAAGGGCCACAAAGAAGAGAAGACUCAAACCACUUCAAGAUGUUGCUUCAACUUCUACUUCUCUUUCACCCCGACCACUACAACAACAACAACAAAAGGGUGGCACAAAACCCAUUUACAAAGAUCAUCAUACUGAUAGUGAUCAACCAGUUGUUGCACAGAGUGAAGAUAGCCCAAGACAUGAAGAUCACGCUACCUACACUAGUUAGCUCCUUUUCUUUAUGGAUAUUGCGAAUUGUAGAACCAUUAACUUAAUUCAUUGUUUGUGACAAUGGAAACUUCAUAUAUAACAUAGACACUUCUUGCAUCAGAUAAACCAUCCCGCAUGCCAUCUGCACCAUGGAUGCCAGAAAAACGUAUUCUUGAGCUUGUUCUUGAUGUCUUACAAAGGAGAGACACACAUGAAAUAUUUGCUGAACCAGUUGACCCGAAUGAGGCUGAAGAUUACUAUGAAAUCAUUGAAGAGCCUAUGGAUUUCGGCACUAUGAGGGCUAAACUUCAUGAGGGAAUGUAUAGAAGUCUUGAACAAUUUGAGAAUGAUGUAUUUUUAAUACCUAAAAAUGCGAUGCAUUUUAAUUCUUCAGCUACCAUUUAUUUCAGACAGGCUCGCGCAAUACAUGAACUAGCUACAAAGAUUUUCCAUGUUCUGAAAACUGAUCCUGAGAAUUUUGAAUUGGAGUUCUCAGAUACAAAAAGAAGACGAAGAAGAAGUGGUAGGAGGCCCCAAAGUGAAGCUAGGGGUUCAAUUAAGACCUCUCUUCCUAUGCUUCCCACAAAUGUAAAAUCCAGUAGCAUGAUGAUUGAUAUAUCCUCAAAUACAAUACCAUCAUUUCGCAAUUCAUCAAAUCUGGGGAGAAGUUUCCAACUAAAUUCUCAGUGCUCUGGUAUUGCUACUCGUUUUGAUGCAAUGGACCCUGCACUUCUUUCUGGUGCAAAAGAUGGUAGAAGAUUUAGCUCUUUUGAAGUAGACCGCCGUUGUACAUAUAGACCUUGGAUGUCUUUCCUCAAUGAGAAUGAAUCAAAUUUUUCAACAAUUUAUAGUUCUUUGAAACCACUUGAGCAUGUGAGUCAGCAGGAGAUUAGUUAUAGAGAAAGCUUGAUGCUAUUUGUUGAAGGUUUGGGACCAACAGCCAAAAUGAUUGCUGAGCGAAAGUUGCUUGGACUGUCAGCUGAUACAUCCAAUUACCAAACUUCCAAUUAUUGGUUCCCAGCUCAAAAAUGUCAUGCUGACAUGGCAUCUAACCCUGUCCAAUGGGGGCCUAGUACUCUUAAUACCAUAAGCAAAACCCCAACAUCUCAGAAUUUCCUGGACCACCACUAUGGGAAACCAUCUCUCUUAAAAAACUCCUGUGACACAAUGAAUUUGGGGGAUGCUGGCAGAGGAAAAGAGGCCAACGUUGGGGAAGUUCAUGCCAGUGAUGAGAAGAAAUUUCUCAAUGUUCUUGGCAAGAACAAAAUUUAUGAGGAUCGGAGUUGGGAUUUUCCAUUUGGUUCAUAUUCCUCCGCAGCUGGUACUGGAGAUUUGAAUUGCUUGGGUGCUGAAUUUCCAAACACGGGCAACAAGUCAACAACAUUGGAAAUGAACAAGGGCAAUUUUGAUCAUCAAGCACAAUUAUUGGAUUCAGCUUCUGAGUUUAUUAAGUCAACUGAGUCGGAAUCUUUAUCGAAAAACAGUUACGCAUCUCUGUCUUCAUGGCCUCUACGAACCUUGGGCAGGAAUGGACUGUCAAGUUCUAGUCAAACUAAGGACUCCAUGCACAACUCAAGUUUGGAGUAUCUGGCAGGUCAUGACCAAGCCAUAGCUGCACAAGGCUCUGGUGAUGGAGUUUGGAGCUCAUCCAAGUCAGGUCAAAUUUUGAAAUCAGACCAACCCGUGCCACAGGCUUCCCAAUUUAUUUUUGAUCUGCCAUAUUUGAAAACACGUCUUGACCAGAUGAGUGCAUGUAGUGAGGAGACCUCUAGAGCCAAAAUGACUUACCAAACUUCUUCAACCUGUACUCGUCAAGUAGAGCCUCAUAGUGAUAAUCAACAACCAUCUUCAAUAGGUAGUCAUCAUACUGAUUUAGCUCUUCAGCUGUAAGAAAUAUGUAGGACUCUAGUUUAUGGAAACAUAGAGAGAUAAAAGUGAAUAUUGAUUUCCAAAUUUGUGUUCUUUCGUC